CAGUUCACCGAACACCCUCUUUAAAGCAUCCUAGCAUUAAUCUCUCCCAGUUAAUCUCCAUCCGCAAUCUUGCAACAAUCAUGGCCGUGAUUGUCCUGUGUUUAGUGCUUUUCUUGGCCGUGACUGGUCAUUCUGAGGCAAGCUACUGUGUGUGUAAAGAUGGACUGGGUGACACAGUUUAUCAAACAAACAUUGAUUAUGCCUGUGGAAAUGGAGCUGAUUGUUCAACAAUCAUGCAAAAUGGCGCUUGCUAUCAACCAAACACCAAGAAGGACCACUGCAACUAUGCUGUCAACAGCUACUUCCAGAGGAAGAACCAAAUCAAUGGGUCCUGUGAUUUUACUGGCUCCUGCACCGUCGCUUCAACUCUCGCCAGCUCUAAUACCAAUUGUGUUUAUCCUGCAAGCCCCAGCACUGCAGGAACCAUAGGCACCACCCCAUCAACAGGCACAGGCACAACACCAUCAACAGGCACAACUACAGGCACGACCCCGACCACCACGACCGGCGGCACCACCAGCACAACUCCCUCCUCCGUCUUCGGCCUCGGCCCCACCGGGAGCGGAAGCAUAACCAACACAGACAGCAAGGCCACCAGUGUGACACUCCACCAAACCAAGCACCUGCUUUGCUCACUCACCCUAACCCUGCUGCUUUCUGGCCCCAUGCUUUUUAGCCUUUUGAAAUGACUUGGGGAUGGUAUUGAGAGCCACUUCAGCUUUUGGUUAAGAGCAUGUGAUUCUAGUGGGGAUGGUGGGGUAGGCAGCAGGGAAUCGUCUGGACACCACUUAGCUAGCUAGGGUCCUUUUUGUUUUGUUCUUCCUAUGAAAAGAGAGGUGGGAAUAGGAUUCCUUUUUCGAGUGGUGUUCUCAUUGGGGGUAGAGAAGAACCUGAUCUCUUCUUUUUAAGAUUUUUCCUUCUUUUCUUGUGUAUCUAAGAGAGAGAAGCCAGCAGUAGUAUAUUUUUUAUUUAGUUUUAAUGAGAAUAUGGUUACCCCAUUUAUAUUAUAGAUUAUUUGAUUA